GUUCCUCACUUUGCAGAUCAGCCAUGGUGGGCAUCCAUUUUAAAUUAUCAUGGUCUCUCUCCGAAUGGUGGAAUUCAAUCUCAUUCUGUCACUUCCGAUAAACUUUAUACAGCUCUUUUCAAAGUACUGACAGAUGAAAAAAUUCAUGAAAACGCACAGUCACUGGGAAGAAAGAUUCAAAGAGAGCAUUUAAAAUCUUCUCCUAUAUCAAACAUUGUUUUAUUUAUUGAACAAUAUUGGAAUAGAAAUAAGUGGGAUAUUGUUUCUAUAGAUGAUAAUGAAUCUAUUGCUUCUAUUGAAUCUAAAGAGUAUAUUGAAUCUGAGGGAUCUAAUGACACUGAUGAUACCAUUGAUAUUGAAGAGUAUGUUAGGACUAGCAAUGAUAAUAUUGUUAGGGAGAGAAAGUUUAUUGAGCCAGCGUUUGUUAAACCUGAUAUUAUUGCAAUAGGAUAA